AUGAAGUCAAACGCGAUUGUCUUGACCGGCCUUGCCGCCCUCGCUGCCGCCGGCCCCACGGCGUCCAAGGCCGAUAUCCGUGUCGACACCAACCGGGACGGCAUCGUCGACGUCGACGGCACCUCGGACCAGGCCGGCAAGGACACCUGGAGCGACGCCUCCGGUGCCAUCUUCCUGCCCAACAUCGGCGACUCGGGCGACCGCUGCAAGAAACUGCAUACCGGCUUCGACCUCCCGUUUGACCUCGGCAAGCUCUACGACACGCUCGGCACGUGUCACGACGCGAGCGACGACACGCAGCGCGCGCCGCAGAACCUGGCACCGAUGCUCACCGUGCCCAUCGCGGGCCUGAGCGACGACGCCACCGGCACCAUCACAGUCGCGGACGAGAAGUCGCGUGCCCUCGUCCGCGUCUUCCGCAAGGACGGCAGCAAGUGGGAGAUUGUCAACAACGACACCGUCUUCAAGGCCCAGGACCUCAAGCAGGGCCUGACCCUCGGCGUGGACGCGCGUGACACUCGCCGCCCCGAGUGGGACGGCCGGGUCAAGAUCGACUUCAGCGUCCGCGACGGCCAGGCCGAGUCCAAGGACAGCGUCAUGCUGCGCGUCGCGCCCGUGCUGAUGCACCACCACCGCCAGGCCGUCAGCCAGGUCUUCACGUCCGACUUUAACAGCUUCAAGGGCCAGAUGAAGACCUACCUCGACACCAUCCUCGAUGGCAUCCAGGCGAGCGUCAAGGCCGCCGGCAUCGCCGGCGGGCUCACCCGCCUCGCCACCAAAGAGGCCUGGGCGCAGGACUUCUUCGAGCCCACGUACGCCAGCAUGCCCGGGCCCAACGGCACCGCCGUCGCGAUCCGCGUCCUCCUCGAGGCCCUUCACGACCCCUCAACCUACUCCACCGCCGUCCUCUACACCACCCUCCGCGGCGACGGCGUCGGCGCCGUCGCCCCGAACCGCCCGACCGACCUGUACAGGCGCGGCCCCGACUUUAACGCCGGCGGCAACCUCGAGGCCAUCCCGCCGUACGAGCUCAACGGCAAGAGGUUCCCCGCCGGCCGCAUCAUCGUCGGCGGCGACCGUGACCACCUGCCCAACAGCAUGGACUACUUCGCGGCCCAGGAGAUGCAGGCGCCGCUCGUGCUCGACUCGACCUGGCUCACCGUCAAGCACGUCGACGAGAUGGUGCAGGCCGUGCCGGCCAAGACGGAGCGCGGCUGGGCCAUCAUCGCCAUCGACCCCGCGAUGGGCCUCCAGAUGCUCCGCGACGCCCAGGCCGCCGGCCACGCCAGCGCCCGCGUCAUCAGCCGGCCCGCGCCGGCCCGCGCCGGCCCGACCAUUGACAACUUCCUCAAGAAGGACUCCAACAUGGUCGCCACCGAGGUCGCCGCCAAGGCCAUGGAGGCCAACCUCGAGAUCCUCAAGCGGGAGACGGGCAUCACCGACGCCGAGAUCCACCGCGUCCCCUCCCUCAUCAGCCGCUACGAGAUGACCAAGACCUACCACGAGUGGUCCGGCCUCCGCCGCCGCGGCAUCGGCGCCCGCGACGAGGCCUCCGAAGCCGCCCUCGACAAGGAGUUCUUCGACAAGUUCCCCUCGCACGUCUCCGACGACGGCGACUACGACGACGAGCCCGAGGCCGAGACCUCCACCGAGCAGCGCCGUCAGGCCGCCGGCGGCAAGAAGCCCCCGCGCUACAACUCGGUCCUGCCCAGCCUCGUCAACGGCGUGCCCCUGUCCGACUCGCACUACCUGGCCCCCAAGCCCUUCGGCCCCGUCAUCGACGGCAAGGACAUAUUCGAGGAGGCCGCCGCCGCCGCCUACAGGAAGGCCGGCUUCACCACUGUCGAUUUCCUGGAGGAGUGGAGGAUUCACACCAAGGCUGGCGACCUGCACUGCAUGAGCAACACCUUCCGUGAUACGUCUGCGCAAUGGUGGUAA